GAAUGAAGGAUGACAAAGGAGCUUAGUAUGUGUAUUACAAUCUAGUGACUUCAUCUCACAAAUACAGGAAAGCAUUAGGAGACAAUAUAGAGGUAUUAAUUUAUCCCAUUAUUAAUUAGUUUGCUCAACUCAAAUAAAUAGAUAAAUAAGCCGAUAAAAAUGAGAUCACUGUGGUUAUGAGGUUCUUGCCAGAGAAUUUUAAUAGUGAAAAGUUGGAGGCAUUAUAAAACAUCAGAAUUGAAGAGCUGUUUACAUGUAAUGAUUAAUAUAAAAUGAGUAGAUUAGGGAUUGAAGUACGGGAUAUUUAAGACCUCUGAUUAUGAGAUGGCUGAAAAUAUCAAGAGAAAAAUAAUCAGGUAUCAAUGGAAUUCAUAUAAUAAUAAGUUAUUUCUAAAACAAAAAAUAUAAUGACCUUCACAUUACAAUCAAGGCUAAAAAGAAAUCUGCUAAAGAGAAGAUCAAGGCAUUUUUAGAAGAAGAAUCAUACAAUCCAAGAUCAUAAUUAGAGUAGAAGAUAGGAAUGCCUUUAAGUCCACCUAAGGUACUUCCUCUUGUUGUGAAAGAAAUCGAAUAACCCAAAAUCAAACCUACAGUGCUGUAACCAACAAUUUGUGCUAUGUAAUGUUUAAUUAUUACCUCUUAAGAUAAAUUACUGUUCCUUAGGUUCAAGUAAAAUAGAUAAAACCAGCUGAAAUUAAACCUACAAUCAUAGAACAAAGUGAUUAGAAAGUGAUUGCUAGGGCUGUUUAAUUAAAACCUGUUACAUUAACAGUUGAAAGGGAAAGAAGUUCAAGAAAAAGAUGA